AUGGAAAACGAGACAAACAACGACGAUGCACAAAUAUAUGAAGCAAAACAGAGUAACCAGCGCCCGUUUCAGUGUAACAGGCGCCAAAUCCAAAGUAUCCAGCGUCAAUAUCAACACAGCCAGGGCUGUCAAAAUAUUAAAUACGGAAACCAGAGAAGCUUCGUCUCUAGGUACGAGACUCAUCAGAAGUGUGCGACGACGCCCAACGCAAGUGCGUUUUUAAGUCAACAAGAGGUAGAGAAAAAUCGACAAGCCGAAUGGGAGGCGAAAUUUAAGUGCAAAUGGAACGAAGAGCAGAUCAGAUGGCAGCGCAAUCUCGAACGACUGCGCAGAUUGGAGGAAGACAGGAUCCGUCUGGUAGAGGAACAGCGCCGGAUCGAAGCCAUCAAUGAAACACGUCGUCGUGAAGAAGAAAAUAAACGUAGCGAGGAAAAGGCUCGCCAGAAGUUUGAAGAAAACGAAGAAAAAGAACGCAAAGAACAAGAAGAAACGGAUUGUCAAAUACGAGAAAUGAUCGAGGAAUUACUUAACGAUGAGAACAAAGAAAAGGAUAUAUCAAUCAAUGAUUUACAGGAGCAGAAUGAGGACCAGGAAGCAGAGGACUAUAGAUCCUUCACGAACAGUUACAGUAACGAGGAAAGUGCAACGAAUAAGUUGUGCCGAAAAAGUACAUGCGGAAAAACAGUAGACGCAGUACGAGAACUACCGAUCAUAUCGCCGACUGCAAAGGUAAAGAAUAAGAAUAGAAAAAGAAGUAAUAAGUCGGACACCUACGACGAGAGUAAAGCAGCGAAAAGGCGCGCAACAGCAACUCAUAGUGACGAAAUAGUGGAAAUGACUCAAGAAGCAAAACCAGCAGUGAUAGCCGCUAUAGCGAAAGAAGAUAAGGCUGAAACCAUUGAGUGUAUUAGCAAGCGACAACAGGGACGGAAAGAAGCAACCGGUGCCCUCACGACAGUGUACGAGAUCAAGGAGAACGAUGACUUAAACCUGGAAGGCGUUGAAGCAGGCGAUCAACCAUCAAAGCAGACGGAGAAGUUGGACACAGACUCGUUUCUACUGUGUCUUGCGAACUUCCGGCGGCCGCAGAAGCAGCCAGAGCAACAACCGUUGCCACGAUCGCAGCAACCAUCGGAGAUGCACAUCACAGACGAAAAGGAACAUG